AUGGCUUCAAUUAUUUUUUCUUGUGAAGAUGUUCAAGAGUGGAUGAAGAAGGAGGGAUUUCAGGCAUUUGCCGAUCAUUUUUAUGGUAAGAAAAUAGCCUCAAAGGUUCCCAACUGAAAAUGCCCUUUUGGCGCGAAAUAAUGGAACACGUUGAUGUUUUUACUUCAAAUUACAUUAAGGCCUGAAAGUUUAGCUUUAAAAACUUUAAUUUUCCCUUCUUAACUCUAUACUUUUUUUUUUAAUUUCAAAGCUGAACAGGUUGAUGGUGAAGCACUGUUGUGCAUGAACGAGGAGACGUUGAAGACCCUCGUGCCCCCUGCUGGCGUUCGCGCUAAGCUGCUCCAUAAAAUAAAAAAACUUAACGAUGAAAGCACAGAAGUUCGGACAACCGAAGCGCGACCUAUACAUGAAGAUGCUAAUGCUGAAACAGUUGGUGAAGCAUCUAGCGCCCCAUCAGUGGAAAAAAAUAAGGUGAGAACCUAUUUACACUUCCAAAAGGGCCAGUCACAAACAUCAUCUCAUUUUAGAAACGGCUAUGGGAGUAGAAGGGGAGAGAUUUGCCAAUGUUGUCCAUGUGGAAGUCACUUGUAAGCUGUUUUUUUGGUUAUGAAAUCCGGUCAAUUAUGGAAAACCCAACCUAUAACAAAAGAGACAAUAUUAUAUAUAGGGAAUUUACUAGCAAUGAAGCUUGCAACAUAGAAAAAUUAGUACUGACGUGUUUCUUAGGAAGGGUGGGUGGGGAAUUAGGUUCAGUGGAAGAAAGAAGACUCAGUUACAAUGCAUUAGUCAACCUAUACGGAGAGGGUAGGAGAGAAUCCUGGGAACGAGGUUGUGCAUUAGUAAGCAAAUUCUAAAUACAUUACAAUUUGCCAAAGUGUGCUGUCCAUAUACAACAUAAGGGACCGUAUAAACAUUUUUUGUGCAAUCAUUCACAACAGAUACCUGAACUAUAAAAUAUUAAUUUCGACCAUCCGAUCUAUUUUACCUAAACGAUACUUCAAUAUUGUCUUUUUCGAUAAAACUGCCUGAGACCUAAAACUGUAAAGUUCUGUUCAUUCAAUAUAAUGAUUGAAGCUGCACAACUCAUUAUUAAAAUAUGUCUGUAAGGUUCUCAGUUAUAUAUAUUCCCAAAUAAGUUACCUUUAUCUUUCAAUUCAUCAUGUUGUGGGUUUCCAUAGCUAUGUAAAGUUGGAUUUUCCGCUUUUAACUAGCUCCAAAGUUGAGAGGUCAGCCCGCUCGUUACUUGGAACAUGAUGAAUUGACAGCUGGUAACAAUUAUUAUAGUUAAAAUUAUCAGAAAAACUCUAGAAGGAUAGAACAACAAAAAAGAGAGAAAGGAAGGAAGAAAGAAAAAGGAGAUACACUCACAGUAAUGCUUGGACCCUCUUUGAACAAAUUUUUAUUAUUUCAUUUUUUUUAGUUGGAAAAGAUCUGAUGAGGCAAAAGGGCGUCAGAGACUAGCUCGAAAUAAACGAAAAAGGUUGGAAAUAAGACAAAUGAAGAAAAACGCCCAUGAAGAGCUAGUUCAAGAAAAAAAGAAAAGACAGAAAACCGAAGAAAAACUGUCUUCUGCCAAAAAAAAUCAAGAGAAGUUUUACCAAAUGUGGCGUCAAACAGAGCGUGAAAAAGAAAGAUUACUUUAUUUGCAGAUGAAAAAUAAAACAAAGUCAAUCAAUUCUUCAGACAGUGCUGUGCAGUAA